AUGAAAAGAAAGCUCCCAGACAAUGGACAUGAGACUGACACUAAAAGCAAAAAGAAAAAGCGACCACCGACCUUAGAGAAGGACACGCGAUGGCUCAAUGGAAGAUUAUGCCCAGUCAGAGAGCAGAAUGCCUGGUUUGUAAACCCAACGACAGAACUUCCAGAUGGGUAUUGCAAAUUCAAAGAUGUGCUUUUGCGUCCAAAUUGCAUAUCUCAAUAUGUUCUACCCGUGAUGGAGGGUGAUAUGCUGGAAUUCAUCUUAGGAGAUCGAGACAAGACGAAACCUAUGGCACGAAAUGUACGUGUAUCUCAGUAUACACCGCGAACUUAUAAGGAAUUGACUGAGUAUAUCAGAAAGCUAACUAAGGAUUUGGAUAGUGUUAAUGUGGGGAAAGUACUCGUGCAAGUAUUGCCAUGUAAUGCAUUGUGGAGGUUUCUUGGGUCACCUGAGUUUACUGAAAGCACAGCAGGUUCGUAGGUUUCAUAAUUCAUUAAAAUCUCUGUCGGCUAUUUACGUAUUUGCUUGCUUACACAACUUUCAUAUUAUAUGUUAUAUAUUGAUCAUUUAUAGACCCAGAGCGAGGGGGAUUCGGCGAAAUAUUACCCCAAGUGAUGAUAUUUCCCGAGGGGCUUUUCGCCGAGGGAAAUAUCAUCACUGAGGGUAAUAUUUCGCCCAAUCUCUCGAACGGAAGGUUUGUCACUUAUAUUUAGAAUCCCAUAAAAUCGUUUGGAAUAUUGAUGAUAACAUUUUUUUUAAAUUUGGUUCAUAAUUUAAAAUUAACAAUCGCUUUCUUUAAAGUUAUAAACUUUAAAGGAUAAUUCAUCUCUCCACAGGGCUUAUUUUAGUGUCCGGUAUUGCACACUUUGUGCAGUGUUGAAUAAAAAGUGUGCAGUAUUAAAUGCGAAAGUGUGCAGUAUUAAAAUUUGAAGUUUGAAAUAAAUUUCAACUUUGUAUUAGAAUAGAUGUGCUCAAGGAGCGAAGUAGAUGAAAUAUAAAGUCGAGAAUUCCAAAAUGCCUUUACAACAAAAUGAGCAAAGGCACAAACAUGAAACAAAGAUUGGCCAAAUAUAUGCCAAGUUCCAGUAAUAAUUCCAAUAUUCAAUAUUUUCAUGUCCAGAAAAGCCGGUGUACUUCUUUCCUUCACAAGAGGAAGAGCCUGGGAACGAGGUUGUCAUUUGUGUCGCAUCAUCGAAAUGAUCGAAUUACUACAAUAGCCGGUUAUGGCUGAUUUGAAUUUGAAAGGUUUACUUUUUUGGGGACACCCUGUAUGUUGUCAUUAUGACACCUGCUCUGAAAAAACAAUUCAAAGAUGACAGAAAACAUCACAGGGUGAUGUCAUUGACACCUGCUCUGAAGUGUGCAGUAUUGAAAUUUUAUUUUGUCGGCCAUCUUGUUUGCGCGUGAUCGCCGCGUGUGGUUUACGCGAAUCAUAUCACCCGGGUGAUAUGAUAAAAACCACCCCGUGUGGUAUUACCCACUACGUCAAAUACGAUCGAUGAUGACGUAAGGCGCGAUUCGAUGACAAAUUUAUGCUCACGUGCCACAAACUUAGCUUUCAGACUGGACACUUUGAAUUUGAGGUAUAAUAUUUAACAAUUAUUGAAUGAGGUUGAGCACAAUAUGAAGAAUUAUCAAGCCCGAAGUUUGCCGUUAUCAACCGAAGCCGAAGGCUGAGGUUGAUAACGGCAAACUGAGGGCUUGGUAAUUCUUCAUAUUGUGCGAAAACCGAAUUCAAUAAUUGUUUUAUUAUUUAUUUAAAAAUUUCAAAACAAAUUGUCAUCUAUUUGUUCGCCCACGUCACGUUAUAAAUCAGGAAAAGAAUUAGGAAACUGAGUGUUCUUACCUAUUCUAGAAGCUUUUGUUGAUCUUUUUGUAUUUAACGAAUCUUUAUCUUCCAGUAAUUUUUGAAUUUCGGCUUCGUCAAGCUUUGCAAAACCUUUCAGUGGAAGAAGCCAUUUGUAAUUUAUUUGUAUUAAGACUGAAAAAACAAUUCCUUAAUCCUUCGGCAGCCGUUGUCGUCAUAGCAAUGGCGUCAGCGAGUCAAUAUGAUUCUCGUUGUCAUAGUAAUAUGGCGCAAACGCGUCCAAAUUUUUUUCAUAUUGACUCUUUGACGUCAUUUUGCUGUUAUGAAUGUGAAAAAUCCGUAUUUGGUUAGCCAUUGAGUUGAUAUGACAAUUUCACAGUUCGUUGUAAGCCAAUCAGAAACCCGGAAUUUUUUUAAAUAAAUAAUAAUAUCAUUUCUCUUAGGCCAAUGAAAAUUGAUAUCAUGUUUCUCGUCCCCGCCCGCAUGGGAUUUAUCUGCCGCACGAAAAUAUUUCAUUAUUCAUUAUUUUUGAAAAAUAGGCUUAACAAAACACCAAAUUGAUCUCCAGAUCAAAGUCUUAUUGCUGCAUUCCGCAAGCCCAACUCAAAAUUGUAUCUUUCUAAAGAUAUUACUCGCCAGAAUGCCUCUAUUUUUCAUGACAGCCCUGGUAUGAAUAUAAAUAUACUGUAGUGUUCUGUAGUGUAGGACGUAUUAAAUUAAAAUGAAUUAUACACCGAUUUACUUCAGAUGUUUAUGGGUUUUUUUACUGGUUCAAGGAAAUUAUUGACAAGUACUUCAAAUAAAGAAAAAAUGAAAAAUGAAAAAAUCCCGCUCCAAAUUUUUGAAAAUCGUGGACGAGAAACAUGAUAUCAAUUUUCAUUUGCCUUACUACUAUUCUUUGAUUUACUUAGGAACUCUUUAUUCUGCCUUACAUCAAAUUCGUAUGAUUGUAAUGACCAAUUUACAUACAGUACAACAUCUUUAUAUGAUAUCGGUGCACAACUGAUCCUGUUGGUGAACAGUGUAUAUAGCUACAAGAGGACUUGAGUGCCUAAAGAAAUUAAACCUGUCAUGUUGAAAGAAUUCUGACUUCUUACGUGUGACUGAGGUGAAAUUACAAUAAGACGACUGAAUGGUGGAUGACUAAAGCAACUAUCACAGUUUUUAAAGCACUGUGACACAAGGCCUUGUCCGCCAUUUUUGGGUAGCAAACCCGCAACAACAAAGGACAACAACAAAUACGUAAAAGAGUGAUUUCGCGGUGAAGCAAAUAGUACUGCCUUAUAAGCAAUAGUGCUGUGUUUCUACUUCGCUAAAUUACCCAUUUCUAUUUUCCUCCUACGAUUUGGCGGAUUUGCCAACCAAAAAUGGCGGACAAGGCCUGGCCCCAUGAUGUGAGAAUGAGUAAUUGAAAUAACUUGUCUGCAGUUUUAAUAGCCAGCUAAGAGUUUUUGUAUUCAAUGAUUUACCGUGUUUUAUUUAGAUACAAAAAGUGCUAGAAUCACCUACAUUGAGCUUCUCCUAAAUUUACUAAAGCGUAUCUUACACAACGGGACCGAACAUUACAAGACCCUUUUGGAAGAUGCCAUCAAGAACAUCACACGCGGAAAGAUAUUUCAAACAACAAACGACUUCAGCCUGCCAGUGAUUAUCAAGUAUUGCAAUUGUGGAAGCAAUGAACAGUUCUACUGUGAAGACCAGAAAAAUGCCUUAUCCGCAGAGCUCGUUCGAAGCUUUUGCCAUGAUGCUAUUCGACAAGUACCAUCUAUAACUUGUUAUCUCCUGCCCACAGUUGUUGCUAUCAGCGAGAAGAUAUCGAACCCUUCCACACAAAGUUUUUUAUGCACACUCUUAUCGCUUAAUUUUGCAGGAGCAAAUGAGUUUAUUGCUAAUGCAAAUACCUGGAUGAAAUUACCUUUAAUACCAACUGAUCGUGAACUAGCCGGACAUUUGGUUGAAGAAGACAAAAACCUGAUGCCUGUGAGGACUCGCAUUCCCUACGAUAAUCCAGAGCAGUACAUGGAUACCUACUUUCGAUUGGUCCGUGCCGAAACCUUUUCAGCAGUGCAGCAUGGAAUAAAAGAUCUCAAGGCUUCCACACUGGAUCCAAGAGAUAUGAAUGUCUAUUAUAACAUCCACCUUGCUGGCUUUGGGCUUCAAAGUAGUCGGUUCUCGCUGGCGAUACAUUUUACACCAACAAAGAAAGUGAAAAGAUGGGAAGCCUCACCUCAACUUAUGUAUGGUAACUUGGUGUGUCUCUCCAUCAACGAAAAGUUUGAUGACGUCAUUUGGGCAACGGUGUCCAAUAGGGAUGCAGAUUUAUUGAACCAACAUCAGAUCAUUAUGCUAGAGUUGUUGGAUGAGAAUGUCAAGGAUAUAAGCGAGAUUAUUAACUUGCUACAAACUCAAGGAGGUAUUUAAGAUUUUUAGUGCAUAUAUGUCUUGCACCUCUCAUGAGAUUGCGGUUAGAUUCCAGAAAUUUACAGUUUUCUUUUGUCUCAUGUUUAUUUUGUCACAUGUGUAAUUAAUAUGAGUGUACAGUUUUGUCUGGGUACCUUUCUGUACUGACAUAGGAUUAAUAAGGAAUGGGGUUUACUUGAAAACUAAUUAAUAUCAUUAUCUAGUGUAAAUAAAUGUAAUUAGUUUAAGUUAGGUUUCCUUCGUAGUAAAAGUCGACCAAUAAAGUACAGCCGUUACCUGACCUCCAGGGGAACAGUCUGCAAAUACUCGAGUAAUCCAAAGCAGCACGAUAGGAUUAUUUUUGUCUUACAUCUGUCGAAAAUGAUAACUAUAACGCACGAUCCUAUAUAAGCUGUUCCAUGCAUGCAACUAAAGAUUAUGUUGCCCUCAAAUAAUGCCGCUCCUAUCUUUGACUACGAGAUUUUUUUAGGCAGCGAAAGUUUUUCAUUAAAUUCCUUUUCGAAAUUUUUGAAAAUUUGCACCCUUAUGAACAUUUAGAAUAAUUAUCAUUGACUGGGGCUCGUAUAUUAUCUCGUUUCCCAAAAGGUUCAGGAGUCAUGGUAGAAUCACCGAAAUACUACCACUCGCUAAGUCCCAUUCUGCGAAGUCUGAAAGAAUUCGACAUGAAAAGCUUUCCUCUUCAAAAGGAAAUCAUCUACGCUGAACCUGCGCUUGAGCAACCUAGGUACUUGAAGGAAGCCACGUUUGAUGCCUCAAUAAUUUUCUCGACAACUAUAGCGGAGGAAACACAGAAAGGUAAGCCUGGAGAAUAAAUAUCUUAAGGGCAAGCGGAGGAGAGAACCUCCAAGAAAUAAAGCCCUGUACAGACAAGCAUGUUUUUCUUGAUAAGUUCCUUGACGAGUUUACUUACUCGUAAAAUUUGCAAGUAAAACUUUAUUGUCAAGUAAACUUGUGAAGGAAAUCGUGCUCGUUUGUGUGGUGUUUGAAAGUGAAUAACUGCGCCUCAUCUGUUCUUGAUAUGACUAUUGACGAUUUAAGAGAAUUUAUACAAACAUUUUCAGGUUCUUGGUUUGACGAGAAAAUUAAAAGUGAAUGCAGCUUGAGAAAACAAAUGACGACCUUGGAAGUGCAAAAUGCUAAACCUUUAGAACAAAUGGACACUGACGACUUCCAAGAAAAUAACUUGCAUUCUAAAUCUUCAACGAAGGUAAAACAAAUUAUAGAUUUAAAAAAAUCGGUGACCACAGGAACAUUCAUUGCUAACCAUCUUAGUGGAAACGAACCAGGAGAAACAGGCUCGCAGGAAAAACUUGAACGCUUUUUGGAAAAAUUUAACUCCAGUUCGCAGUCCUCCUUGGAAGCAAGUCAAUGUGAUGCUCUCGUUCAUGCUUUGAAAAAUAAAUUGGCCGUUAUCCAAGGUUAGUAUGUGAACAUUGUGAUACAGUACAUUGAGUAAAUCCUUGCAAUGAGCAAAUUUACAGAUCUGUUGGUCUAAAAUAAUUCAUUUGAUACUUGCUGUUCAGUUCAUGCUUAUUGUAAUUGCUUACUUGGGGAAGAUAUUCUUGCUUGGAGAAUAUCAUUAUCCCUAUUCAAAGUAGCUAAACAUCCCACAUAUUAUGCUUGUUGCCUCAUAAACUUUAACCUAUUUUUUUCGAAAGGUCCACCAGGUUGUGGUAAAACAUUCAUCGGAGUCAAAAUCGUAGAAAUGUUGCUAUCUCUUUCUCCGAAGCUUGAGAAACCGAUCUUACUAUUGACUUACAAGAACCACGCCCUUGAUGAGUUCCUGAAACACACGUUGAGAUUUUGCCCCAUAGAUCACAUGGUCAGGAUAGGAAGCAGAUCGAAGGAACCGGAGUUGGAAAAAUGUAAUCUAAAAUACAUUGAAAAUAUCAUAUCGUAUGAGAAAGCAACACACAUUGAAAUUCAAAACACGAAAACUGAAAUCAUCGAUAUAGAAUGGAGAAUAGAAGAAAUCUCAGUCGAAUUCCAAGCUAGUUCCUACCUUACCCAGAUAAGUUUAGUAGACGAGCUCAGUGAGGAACAGCUACAAUCUUUGAUCGUUGGAGCAGGCAGGGAAUGUGUACCGCCGAUUUACCGGCUGGGCGAGAGGAACAAUGCGGAUCAUACAUGGAUGAAGCAACUGUUGAACGAUGUGUUACAAAAAUAUGACUCGGUUAAAGAAUUUCUGUUGAUGGCUUUGCAAAGCGGGGUGUCAAACAACAAUGAAGUUGGUAUUGCUUGCAUUGAAGCUUUCGAUAACGUAUUUCAGCUAUGGUUCCCUGGUCGAGAGGAACUACAAACAUUAAAGGAAUUUCAAGUUGAGUUCAUUUUACAAAUUGAAAGUGACGAAGAUGCAUCAAAAGAAUCUCAAAACAGUGAUGAUGAUGAUAGCGAUGAAGAUUAUGUAAAGCAAUUACUCGAAACAAGAAUGGCUGCAGGCGCAAGACAUGGAGUCUGUUGGGAUGGUCUUUUUGAUCCCACUAACACCAAGAACCGAAAUGAUAUUCUAGUCAAUAUCGCUGAUUAUCCCCCAGACAUGGUAGUAAGUGAUCAAAUUCGCUCUGUUAACAAUCUUUGGAGACUGGACAAUGUCCAGAGGCUGCGGUUCCUGUAUUGUAUUCUUAACGAGAAGACAAGAAGCGUCUGUCAGGAGUUGAAUGAUCUUAUCGAGAAGCUAAAAAGUUUGAAGAAUCGUAUAGAAGAGUUGGAAAUGACUGACAAAGUUGAAAUGUUGUCAGAGAAGAAGAUCAUAGGUGUAACAAUCACAGGAGCGUCUAUUAAUCAUGAUCUUCUUCAUCGUAUUGGUCCAAAUGUCGUAAUCGUCGAGGAAGCCGCUGAAAUUCUUGAACCCAGUCUUCUGGCUGCGCUGACUACAUCUAUCGAGCACCUGAUUCUAAUAGGGGAUCACAAGCAGCUCAGACCACAAGUUGAUACUUACAAAUUGUGCAGGAACUUUCAGCUUGAUGUCUCAAUGAUGGAGAGAUUGAUAGAAUCUGGAUUCCCUUUUAGAUCUCUUGCUAAGCAAAAUCGAAUGCGUCCUGAAUUUUCAGCCUUGUUACGUGAUAUAUACCCUGAUCUUAAAGAUAACCUGCCAAUGGUGUCGAAGAACAAGCCAUUAAAGUGCAUAGAGAAAUCAAUGUUUUUUUGGUGUCAUGAUGAUCCCGAGAAGCAAGAUCGUACAUAUACGAAUGUUAAAGAAGCAGAGCGUAUCAUAGCUCUUGUUAUGUAUCUCUUAUGCAAUGAUGUCCAUCCGUCUGAUAUCACAGUUCUUUCAGCCUACCUCGGGCAAACUAAGCUUCUCAGAAACAUGAUAAAACGAGAGAAAGCCAAUACGCCUAAAUUUUUCCAAGAAGGUUUCGUCCAGGUACAAACAAUUGAUAUGUAUCAAGGAGAUGAAAACCAGUACAUAUUAAUUUCCCUGGUGCGUUCCAACGAAAAAAACAAGAUCGGAUUCUUGAAUAAAAUGAACCGUCGCUGUGUGGCUCAGUCGAGAGCGAAGUGUGGUAUGUACUUCGUUGGAAACCACAACACCCUGCGCGGAGCCAAAAAUUCAUGUUGGUUAGCGUUUAUCGAUUCGAUGAAGGAGCAAAAUUGUGUCGGCGAUAAAUUUCCCCUUCGGUGCACGAAACACGAAACAUCAAAGUAUAAUGCCACGGAUUGCAAUACUAUUCGGAAAAUAAACGCUGAACCUACACUCCUUUGCAAGCAGUCAUGCGGUGAUCCCUACCUCUACUGUAGUAAGCAUACUUGCAAGAAGCCUUGUCAUCCAAGGCACGACCACACUAUUUGUCCCGAAAUUGUCGGUGAUCAAUUCCCAGAAUGUGGUCAUGAUGUAAAUCGACCAUGCCCUCAAAACAUUUCCGAUCUUAAGUGCAGAUUUGAAGAAAUCGUGAAUCUUUCAUGCGGUCACGAAGCUAAAAAGAAGUGCUCCCACAAUAUAUUGGAUGUUAUUUGCACAAUAACAGUAACUGCCACCUUCGCACGGUGCAGACACAAGACAGAGAAACUAUGUCAUGUCAAGAUUGAGACGAUUAAGUGUAAACACCCGUGUGAAGAAAUUAAUUCGUGUGGAAAACAUAAAUGUAAAGAUACUUGCGGAAAUAGUCAUGGUCAUGAUUGCUGUUCAGAAAAGAUUGGUUACAAGUUCCCAGUAUGUGGUCAUCCCUCUCCAAAGAAGAAAAAGUGUUCCGAAGAUAUAUGGUGGGACUGCAAACACAAGGUGUAUAUCAAAGGAGCUUGCGGUCAUGAUAUCGAAAAGAAAUGCCACCAAAGUGAAAGCGAAGUGAAAUGUCCUAUUACACCAUGCGCAAAACUGCGGAAAUGUGGUCAUCCUUGUAGAAAUGCAUGUGGAGACGACUGCGAGAAAGGUGACUGUGAGCAUUGUCAAGCUGUAUACCAAACGAAGAUGGACGAAAUCCAUAAAGCAGCAAAAGAAAGGUUCUAUGAACUUGAAGAAAAGAUCAGAAAAAAAGAAAUCCCACUCUUCUCUCGAGAUGAGCUCUGUAGCAAAGGACCGACUGCAGCUGAAUACCAGAAAGUUAACGAUCAAGUUAUGAAGUUCAUUCAACCGUGUCACAGAUGGUUCCCUACCAUCACCAAAAUUGAAAAAAUUACCAAUCUUGAAUUGGAAAAGAAAUUCGAAGAAGCAAAAUACAGAGCAUUUGGAGAUUAUAUUGACACAAAGUUUCAUGGUACAUCUAAUGAUGGUUUAGAAGAUAUCAUCCGAAACGGCUUCAGCAUGCCAAAGGCUAUUCCGCAGCCUCCAAAAAAGCGCGGUAUGUACGGUCAAGGAAUCUACUUUGCUACGGAUUCGUCAAAGAGCGCGCGGGAUAUUUACACCAAAGGUUCUCAGAAACUUUUGCUGUGUCAAGUCAUCCUCGGAAAGUCUAUGACAGUCGAGAAAGCGGAUAAUUCAUUGAAUAAGAAGACGCUUAAUGCAAAUAAAUGCGACUCUGUGUACGCUCCUCGAGGAACAGAUGUGAUGAAUGAUGAAUUUGUAAUCUUUGCUCGACACCAAGCCCUUCCAAAAUACAUUAUCCAUUUCUCCGACAGUAAACUUGUGCCACCUUCUCCAUCAGUCCAUACCCAACAGUCUUUUACUGUUAAGAAAAUGAAAGCAUCAAGGUCCGUGAAUUUCCGAGAUCCCUUUGAAAUGUAUUACCAUUUUGCUGAGUCCCACUUCAGAAGAAUGGCCGCGAUGAGUAAAGCACCUCUUCCCCUGCAACAACCCACAAUUUCCUCUAUUGAUAUUGUCAUCAACAAGGAUCUGGAAGGCAAGUUUGAAGCAACCAAGCAAAAUUUUAAAAGCCAAGGCAUCCCUGACAAAGAAAUUCUUGCUUAUCAUGGAACGGAAAAGGCCAAAAUAAAUAGUAUCUUGGAGAGUAACCUACAGUUAAGUUACGCGAAAAGGCAAGCUUAUGGUAAAGGGAAUUAUUUUUCAGAAUUCCCUUCUGUCAGUCUAAGUUAUGGUGAUGGUCUACUCUUAUGUCGCAUUCUUCCUGGAAAGGAAUUUGUGGAUGCCAGUGGUUCAAAUAUACCCGCAGGCUACAAUUCCAAGAAAGUGUUGUUAGACGUUCAGUAUGCCAGUACUACAGGAGCUACAGCCGCAACAGCUGCCGCAGCCAACGUGAGUGGUGAAAUGAUCAUCAUUGAAAACUCUGAUCAGAUUUUGCCUUUCUUUGUUAUCCAUCGUUGA